AUGAUAGCUACUUCUGGAGAACCGUCUGGCCUGGCUGUGAUGAAGGAUGGGAGUGUGAUUUACUCUGUCUGUGGUGAUCGUGCCAUCUACCAAGUGUUUCCCAAUAAACAGACAAUUAAACUUGUAAACACAACCGGCCAACCUAUAGGUCUGUGUUGUAUCAGUUCGGGAGGAAUCCUGUUCUGUGUGUAUGGGUGUAAAAUUCACUAUUUAGGUGUAAUAUUUGGUUCUGUAGCUACAGUUACAAUAGUCCGGUACAGCAGCAGCGGUGAGAAGAUCCAGGAGUUCAAAAUCUGUCGAGAACAUUGUGAAUGUCAACGACAUUGUAAAAUACUGGAAGAAGAGUGGCCUAUUUGUGAGAAUGUGAAUGGUGAUCUCUGUAUUGGUCAUAGAUAUAAACAUGCUAUUGAUAAAGUGGUAGUAUGUAGCAAGUCUGGGAAUGCUCGCUUUGAUUAUAACGGGCUAGGUGGGACUCAGAAGUUUGAUUGGUUUAAGGUACACGGUCUGGCCACCGACAGUCUGGGUCAUAUUCUCAUCUCAGACGGUUUUAACCAUGUCGUGCAUCUUAUCAGCCAGAACGGGGAUUUCAUCGCCUAUAUCCUGACACAGAAUGACCGGAUAUCAUGUCCGUCGGGGAUAUCUGUUGACCAGUCCGACAACCUGUGGCUGGUAGAAAGCGGAAGUGUGAAAGUGUACCAGUAUAUGUCGUAA